AUGUUGAAGCAGAAGUCAUCGAAUCAGGUGGGGCAACUCUUACUCCGCAUCUCACACCUGUGCAACAUUCCAACGUGGAAGCGACCUUGGAGCUACUGGGAUUUUGAUCCUCCUGCUCUCCAGAGGUACUUUCAAACCCGUCUCAAUCAGAUGAGGGGUUUGCGACUGUGCCGACCAAUCCUGCGAUCUGCGCAACGAAGUUCCCAGCGUGCCAUCACAGGCACGGCCCGCAGCAUGUCCCAGCGCGAAGACUCGAUUCCGCACGAAUUGCGCACGGCGGCCGAACCCCGGCAAAACCACCUGUACCCAGUGCGACUGUCACAGGUGGAUCAAGUCAACCCCUCAAUCCGCCUGCUACGGUUGGCCCUGCCGGAUAGUAACUCCUUGGCUUAUACUCACCAGGAUGAUAAGAAACAGCCAUUCAUAUUUCUUCCCGGUCAAUGGCUAGAUGUUCAUAUCCCCUCUAUUGCCGCUGCUGGAGGGUUUACUAUCACUUCCACGCCGGCAGACGCCCAAUUGCUGUCGUCGCUGAAGUCUCCCGAUCCACUACUUGGCGCAGAGACUAGUGCACCUGCGUCCCAGGGAAAACCUUAUGUGGAAUUGGCCGUCCAGAACUCCCCCAGCAACCCACCAGCUGCAUGGCUAUGGAGACCCAAAGAUGAAAUCCUUGGCAAAGAAAUCAACAUCCGCGUGGGCGGCAGUUUUGUCUGGCCUCCUACCGGAGUAGAUAUACAAAAAGUCAAAAACGUGGUUUUCAUUGCCGGCGGUGUUGGUAUCAAUCCGCUUAUUUCCAUCCUCACCCAUCUCCAUCAGACUCAGUCCUCUCAACCAUUGGGUGUGCAUUUUCUGUAUACCAGUCGGCUUCCCCAGGGACAUGAGAGUGCGUCUUUAGAUACGGUUCUUGACCAGGUUCUCUUCCUUCCACGACUGCGCCAGAUCAUUCGAUCUCAGGCGCUUUCACGGCGCCUGCACAUUUCCCUAGAUCUCUUCCUCACUAAUUCAAUCUCGGAUCUUUCCGUCUCUUCUUCUCCCACUGAUCUCAAGAUCCACUCACGAAGGAUCAAUGAGAAUGAUCUUGAUGCAGCAGUCGUGAGAGGGGAUGGUAAACUUGAUCCUCAAGAAACAGUGGCUUAUAUAUGUGGACCACCUCAGAUGACAGACGAAAUAGUAGAAUCACUGAAGAGGGUUCUUGGAGUGAAUGGAGACAAGAGAGUAUUUUUCGAGAAGUGGUGGUAA